AACCGGAAGUUGCGAGCAAUAACACUUUUUUCUUAAAAGAAAAGCAACAACAGGCUCGAGAAGCGUUUUCAGCCAAGGUGUUUUGUGUCGCUGGAUUUGUCGUUACGUGAUGAAACACAACUCAAACGUCCCUGCUUUCCUCGCCAAGCUGUGGACGCUGGUCGAGGAUGCGGACACCAACGAGUUCAUUUGCUGGAGCCAGGAGGGCAACAGUUUCCUCGUGCUGGACGAGCAGCACUUCGCCAAGGAGAUCCUCCCCAAGUUCUUCAAGCACAACAACAUGGCCAGUUUCAUCAGGCAGCUGAACAUGUAUGGAUUCCGUAAAGUGAUGCACAUUGACACAGGCAUUGUGAAACAGGAGAAAGAUGGCCCCGUGGAGUUUCAGCACCCCUACUUCAAACAUGGACAGGACAACCUGCUGGAGAACAUCAAAAGGAAGGUUUCCAACACUCGGCCAGAGGACAACAAGAUUCGACAGGAAGACCUGUCCCAGAUCUUGGCGAGUGUUCACAGUGUCCACAGCAAACAGGAGAGCAUCGACCUACGGCUGGGAACACUCAAAAGGGAGAAUGAAGCUCUGUGGAGGGAGAUCUCAGAUCUGCGACAGAUUCAUGCUCACCAACAACAGCUCAUCAAAAAGCUGAUACACUUCAUUGUCACAUUGGUAAAGAACAACCGCAUCCUGAAUUUAAAACGCAAAAGGCCAGUUCUCAUGAACAGCAAUGGAAAGAAGCCCAAAUACAUUCAUCAGAUCUACGAUGACAAAGCGUGCGUGGGCCAGUCGCCUGUCAACAGUCUGAGUGGCAUGAAGGGCUCCGAGGUAUCGGAUGACGUUAUCAUUUGUGACUUGACCGAUAGUGACGGUGAGAUGUCAGAGGGGUCACCCAGGGACCACGAGCAAGGUGACAUAGACAUCGUGGAAGUCGAGCUGGACAGCUGUGCAUUGCUGCCGGAUGAGACGGACGUGAGCACAGAUGACGUCAGACAGACGGAGGCGGGGGCGUCAGCAGCAGCAGCAGACGACAGCAGUGAGGCGACCAGCAGCGCCCUGCAGCUCAAUAAAGCAUUCGCCCUGAGUCUGGAGGACCCCGUCAAGAUGAUGGACUCCAUACUGAACGAGAACGGAGCAAUAUCUCAGAACAUCAACCUGCUCGGCAAGAUGGAGCUGAUGGACUAUCUGGACAGCAUCGACUGCAGUCUGGAGGACUUCCAGGCCAUGCUUUACGGGAAAAAGUUUGGCAUGGACUUUGAUCCCUUUGAGGAGGGUGUGUCCUCCAAAGAGAACACGGCCCAGCUAAACCGCGGCAGGACAGAGGACGGCAGCACAGAUAAGCAGUUGAUCCAGUACACCUCUUGCCCCCUACUGGCCAUCCUCGAUAGCUGCAUUACUCACCCAGACCUGGAUCUGGGUCCCAGCAGCAGCAGCAGCAGCAGCACUGGCUCCUACACCACCCACCUCCCGCCCUCUUCGAUCUAUGGUGCUUCUGUGGAGGCCGAGCCGCCCAUGGAGCUGCUGGACACCGGCCCCGAGCCUAAACAGUCAACCCACAGCUCCCUGCUCCGCCUGGAGCCUCUCACUGAGGCGGAGGCGGAGGCCAGCGCCGAGACGCUCUUCUACCUGUGUGAACUGAGUCCCGCCGGAGCAGAGAGCGACGCCACCGGGCUGGACAGGGUGUGAGCGGGAACUGGUAUGAGCGGGUCAUCGGUUCAUCACAGCAUACAGCCAGUACUGGCAUUGGGUGUUAAUAUUCCCUCCCCCUCUCCUGGGUGUGCACAUUGAGAAGCAGUAACGGAACUGAAGGAGGCACCAGGCCGGUGGAGGAAUAGCUGCAGACUGUCCCAUGUACACAUUUUUACAUUUAAGACUUUUGCGUUUAUGAUAACAAUUGAGAAACUAAAAAUAAGCCACGUUCUCAUCAAAUAUAAGUAUUAGUUUAACAACCUCUGGCAGGUUUUUAAAACUUUGAACCUAAAAGAUGUAAUCUGUGAGUCAUAACUCGUGUCAUGACAGACGUCAUACACAUACUGUGUAGACAAAUCUGAAUGUGUCCACACAUUUCAACAGAUGUUCCUUCCUCAUAUCUUCAGAUCAUAAUCACCAGACUGCUUCUAAGAGCAAUCUUACUGUUGUUGUCGGAACAUCUGGACUUGUUGGCAAACAUCAUACUUCCUGUGUACACUGCUAAAUAAAGCAUGAUGGGAAUGUAAGUGCCAAAACCAAACAUUGUAAUCUGACAUAGAAAAUAAAAACGGCAAUGGUGUGACAAACACCCAUGACAAAUGACUUAAUAAAUGUUUUGACUCUAAA